AUGGCUGACACGUCCAAGUUGCACCCUGCGACUACAGUCACCAAUAUCAAAUCAUGCAUUCCUAUUGUUCUUGACUAUGAAGGAAGCCAAUACAACAACUGGGCUACCCUCUUCAAGCUCCAUUGCCGAGCAAACUUGGUGAUCGACCACAUACUACCUCCUGCCUCCCCCACCGUGCCACCACCGGCACCGGCAGCAGAGAAACUUGCUACGAAGGCUCUAUGGGAACGGCUAGAUGACAUUGUUCGUCAAUGGAUAUAUGGUAUAAUAUCGAAUGAUCUUCUUAACAAGAUCAUUCAUCAAGAGGACAACGCAGCCGAGGCAUGGAAUCGUCUUGUUCAUCUCUUUCAGGACAACAAAUUGGCUGGGCUCUUGCUCUUGAUGCAAAAUUCACCAACACCAAAUUGGUGGAUUUUUCGAAUGUGA